AUGAGCCCAUCCCUCACAUUUGCUGAGUUGACCAACAUUGCUGUUCCCAAGUAUGGAGUGGUGAACUUCAGGGCCCUGCAUCUCCUGCUCCAGGGCAUCUUGAAACACCUUCAUUUGGACGAGCUUAAGAAGGACCUCUCCGGGGAAGAGGAUUUCCUCCAGACCUCAGAGAUGCCUGCACCCAAGGAAGUUGCUGCUCAGCCCAUCUUUCCAUCCUUAAAGCAGCCUGACAACUCUGAUCCUGUGCUGGGCCGCAUUAGCAAGUUAGAGAGUCAGCUGUCCAUCCUGAAGACCCUGCCCUCUACCAUCCACCUCCUAGAGAGCAGCACAGGGGACAAGCGGCCCAUGGUGGACCUGUGGCAUUUCCUCAAGCUCCAGAAGAAGACGGAGUGCAACGAGGAGGCCAUAGUAAAGGCGAUGCAGACUGUGCAGGAUUUGCUCACUGAACUCCAUCAGUUCAAGGAUACUGUUGAGUCAUUCAUGAAGGACAUGGACAUGCUGAGGGAUAUAUUUGAGAAGGUAGCCGCCUCCCCAAUAUCCUCCACACUGUCCAUGCUGAUCAGACCUCUGAUGGUUGGGUUGGGCCUGGGACUGGACCUGGACCUGGACCUGAUCUUGGGCCUGGGCCUGGGCCUCAGCCUGGGCCCCCGCCUGAGUCUUGGCCUGCAACUGGGUUUGCAUUGCCUAGGGUUGGGCCUGGACCUGGACCUGGACCUGAACCUCGACCUGGACCUGGACCUGGGCUUGGGUCUGGGCUUGGGCCUCGACCUGUGCCCCCGCCUGAGUCUUGGCCUGCAACUGGGUUUGCACUGCCUAGGGUUGGGCCUGGACCUGGACCUGAACCUGGACCUGGACCUGGGACUGGACCUAGACCUGGACCUGGACCUGGGCCCCCACCUGAGUCUUGGCCUGCAACUGGGUUUGUACUGCCUAGGGUUGGGCCUAGACAUGGACCUGGACUUGGACCUGGACCUGGGCCUAGGCCUGGGCCCCUACCUGAGUCUUGGCCUGCAACUGGGUUUGCACUGCCUAGGAUUGGGCCUGGACCUGGACCUGGACCUGGGACUGGACCUGGACUUGGACCUGAACCUGGAGCUGGACCUGCGCCCCCACCUGAGUCUUGGCCUGCAACUGGGUUUGUACUGCCUAGGGUUGGGCCUGGACCUGGACCUGGACUUGGAACUGGACAUGGGCCUGGGCCUGGGCCCCCACCUGAGUCUUGGCCUGCAACUGGGUUUGCACUGCCUAGGGUUGGGCCUGGACCUGGACCUGGACCUGGACCUGGACCUGGACUUGGACCUGAACCUGGGACUGGACCUGGACCUGGACCUGAGCCUGAGCCUGGACCUGGGACUGAACCUGGGCCUGGACCUGGGUCUGGACCUGGACUUGGACCUGAACCUGGGACUGGACCUGGACCUGGACCUAGGCCUGGGCUUCCACCUGAGUCUUGGCCUGCAACUGGGUUUACACUGCCUAGGGGAGGUAGGAUACUCGUGGCCUAGUCCACUGAAGCCACACCAGUCUCACAGGGUGGCGGCCCGCCAGCUCCCAUCUGUUGAAGAAAUAGAGGGUGAAUAUUCCUACCCCCAACCUCAGGGAACCUCUGAGGAGACCCCCACACGUGGAACCCAGGUGGAUGAGCUUUCUGAAACACGGGGUAAGCAUCUUGGCUCCACCUUAAAACGAGCCAAGACCACUGUCAGCGUGGCCGCCGCCACGGCAGCAGCCUAUGCAGCUGCAGCCACUUCAGCAGCCAGGGAAGCGAAGGCUGCCGCCAAGGCCCUCAAGGAUGCCUCUGCCACUAAAGUGACUACCACAGAGCCAUCUGAGCCCUCAGGAGGCUUUUCAGAUAGUCUGGCCACAGGGCCUUCCCCUGUGACCACUUUCUCCAUGGUCAUAGAUGAGGCGAAAGAGCAAGAAGAAUCGCACCCAUACUUCGUCCAAUCCUCCCCAUUGUACACUUCGCCCGGCCUAGCCAGGCCAACCCUUUCCCAGUCCAUGAUUCUUGGCAUUCAAGCUGUGAGCCCUGAAGACAAGAAGAAGGCUGUCCAGUACUCGUUUGGCCACAUUGCCCAAAUGCCUGUCUCACAGGACUCCCUGAAAGCAGAGUUCGCCAAGCUCUCAGCCAACUUGAAACAGCGCUUGACUCAUCUAGUUAAAAUGAAAGACACCUCCAGGUUUGAGACCAUGUUGGAAUCACUUGAGGAGAAGUUUAAGAACCUCCAGAAAUCCAGGCUCCAGGAAGAAGAACUUGAGAGAAUUUGGGGUACCCAAAUAGACACAAUGAAGAGUCAAUACAUGGUGUUGGACCGGGCGAUAGGAAGGCUCCAGAAUCGCCUAGAAGACUUCAAGUCUUUUCAGACUCAGAUCGACAGGCUGACUCAAGAGAAGGUGAAUAAAAUCACAAUGGAGCAGGAGCUGAAAGAAAAAGCUGAAAAAAGUGCUCUGGCAAGCAAGGCAAACAGGAAUGAUCUGGACCUAAUAGCCACGGAGAUGAAUGAGAUGGUUCAGAACGUGCUUUCCAAGGUGUCAACUCAUGAGGCGGACUGGAAGAAGGCGCUGAAGCAAGUCAAGAAGGACCUGGCCACCAAACUGGUCCCCAACGACCUGGAGGGGAUAAAGAAAGAAAUACAAGAGUUGUGGCACGUGGUUCUCAAGCUGGUGGUGGACAGCCUUCGGUUCGACCCCGACCGCGCUGCAGGCUUUAGGAAGAAGCUGUUUGAGCGGGUGAAGUGCAUCUCCUGCGAUCGGCCUGUGACCAUGAUGACCAGCCCGCAGCUGAUCACCAUCCGCAAAGGCAACCUGUCUUCCAGACUGCGGCCGGCCAGUGCCAAUGGUUAUGAGUACCUGGAGCAGCAGAUGCUAAGGGAACAGAAGUUGCAGUUGCAAGGCAUGGACCCCCUGAGCACCCAGCAGGACUGGGGUGAUGGGCCCCGAAACACCAACACCAGGCAGAAGACAUACAACAUGACCACACUCUAUCCUUACGGGGACCCAGAAGAGCUGGACUAUGACUCUGCGGAGGUGGACAUCCUGGGCGUGGAUGGGAUCCUUUAUAGAGGCCGCAUGACCCCUCUGACCGGGACUCAGCCACCUGCUGGGGAGAAGGAAUCGACAGCUGUGAAGAUCCCAUGUCCUCCGCGGGCUCAGACCCCAAAUGACCGAGUGCGCCCCAGUGCCAUCCACCCCCCCCCCAGCUUCCCAGGUUACCGCACAAGUGACAGCUCAAGCUCCCGCCCUGUAUCCACCGUGAUGUCUCGGCCACCAUCACUGCUGCCACUGCUGCCGCUGGUGAUCCCUCCCCGGGGGGAAGCCCAGCAGGCCCCAGUGCCCCUCAGGCACCAGAAAUUUGUGCCCCUUGAGCCCAGAAUCAACACGAAGUCUACCGAGGAGUCCAUCAACUUGAAUGGGUCCAAACGAGUCCCAGCUCUUCCUGACCCAGGCGUCUGACUCACCUCUCCAGCUCACUCGGGGGGACCCUGGCGGGGCAGCCCCAGACUCUAGCCUGUGUGCAGAUGAGUAUUCUUUGUAACUUCUG